GCAAGAAUUUCUAACAUUGUCAACCAUUUUGUCUCAGAGGUAACAGUAUACAUUUAUACAGGUCCCUGAGGUUCCCUGUAGUAUGCAGGGAUUGAAAAUCUGCAGUGAAAUUUAUUAGUUCACGUAGUAACUGUUAGCUUUCUUAACCUCUACACAAUAAAAUACUAGGUCUGAACAUUUUGACUGAUCUUAUGCAUGCAGAAAACAUAAUGGCUGGCCUUCCUCUGUGGGAGAAUUCGGCGCUUAGCCAACUGAAAGACGGCAUGGCAGCAGACGACAUGGUGGCCUGUUAUGACAGCUUCGCCGAGCGAUAUGACGAGGAAACCGCAAAAAGAGACUACACCGGCCCAAGACUGUGCGCAGAGGCUUUAGCAAAGUGGUUAGGUGACAGAAAAACGUCUCGUAUUUUGGACGUUGCAGCAGGGACCGGGCUCUGUGCCAUGGAGUUGAGAAAACUCAGGUUUACCCUGAUAGACGGGUUGGAUCCUAGCCAAGGUUCACUGGACUACGCCAGGUCCAAGAAUCGCUAUGACAAGUACAUCUGUGACUUCAUCGGCGCAAAUCGCCUGGACAUAGAAGACGCUUCCGCAGGUGGUUAUAUUUGCAUCACCACCAGGAACGUGUACCUGACGACUGUGGAGGCGUUCAGUGGCGGAAAACUGGAGGCCGCCAUGAUGGAACUGCAGACCAAAGGAUUCUGGGAACAGGUCUCCAUAGAGGUUGUUCCGGAAUAUCAUCCGGGCGUUGACGCCGUGAUUUUCGUGUUUAAGGUUCUGCGUUAGAGUUUUCUUUGAUUAUGAUAUUGAAUCUUGGAGGCUCUCAAACAUGUCACUAAGUGCCUAGAAUGACAGUAUAUCAAUAUAAAAUUAAUCUUAUUUCACAUUGGUUUCAACGAACUUAUUUCACAUUGUUUAAUUUCUUUUCGUAGAUAUAAAAACUAGUUUACACACUCAGUUAUUAUUUCUGUGUCUUGAUUUUGUUUAAUUAAUCAAUUAUUUCAUUGUUUAAUUUUGAUGUUUAAUUCAAAUAUGUUUUGUCAUGUAUCAUAGUUACUUUUGUUUGGGGUAGGCCCUUAAAAACCACCUAGGUAUCUGGCCUACCUCGCAUAUUAUCUUACUGUUAUUAUUUGAUUAUGUAACUUUUUUUAUACGUGCAAAUAAUAAAUAAACAAAUAAAUAAUAAUAAACAAGAAACGAAGGUAACCCCAUGAGACCCCAAUGCUCCCCCUCCCCCCGAAUAUC